UUAAAUAGAUUAUAAGCACUUUUCUUGAAGCAUAUUUAUCACAAAGUUGACAUAUGGAAAGAAAAACAAAAGCCCUUUUCGUCCAAAGGUACAGGGCUUGAGAAGGAAUGUUUGCUGCCAAUGAAGAAAUGUUUGACUCAUAACAAUGGUGUUCUAUGAGAUUUACAAACAGCUCUCUUUUAAUCACACAAGAAAUUAAAUCCACAAUUAUGCUAGCUUGUCUGAAUGUGCAGGUACAUGGGUGGCACGAAGGCAUAGGCAUAGAUAAACAAUUGAUAACAGAAGAGAUCAUUGGGAAUGAAACUCAUAAAAAAAUGCCUGUGUAUGCAACUGUUGUAAUGGUACAUGUUAAGUUUGUUUUAUCAUACAAUAAGGAACCUUUAAGCCACCACUCAGUUGGUGCUCUGGUACUGUUUUCGACUGCAGUUUUCAUUAACUUUUAACACAUUUCAUUAUACAAUGCCUGGCCCAGCCACUCACAAUAGGAAGUCAUUUCCUUCCUCCCUGCUCUGUGGAAGUCCUGCUCAGUACAGCAGGAGAGGGAUCACAGGAAAAAAGACACACUUAAACUUGUCUUUGCUUCUUAAUGAACCUUCAUUGAACAAUGCCAAGAUGGGCUAUUUACGCUAUAGCGGCAGCUAUAGGUCUUGUCUUCUUAAUCUGCUUCUUCUGCAUUUGUAUCAAAUGCUGUUGCAAAGGAAAGAAGAAGAAAAACAAAGAUGAGAAGAUCAAACUGGAUGGCAUGAAAGGCUCCACCACAGCAGCUCUGGUACAGCCAGGCAUGGAGGAUCUGGAUUAUGGUUCGAAUAACAAGCCAAAGGGAAAGCUGCAGUAUUCUUUGGAAUACGAUUUUCAGAAGCAAGAGCUCAUUGCUGGAGUGAAGCAGGCAGCUGAGCUACUGGCCAUGGAUCUGGGUGGGACAUCUGAUCCAUACGUCAAGGUCUACAUGCUUCCAAACAAGUCAAAGACAUGGGAGACCAAAGUGUACAGAAAAACACUCAAUCCCGUUUUUAAUGAGAGUUUCACGUUUCAGACACCCCAGGCUGAGCUAAAUGAAUCGAUGAUCGUGAUGCAAGUAUAUGACUUCAACAGAUUCAGCAAGCAUGAAAUCAUUGGGGAAUUGAGAAUUCCACUCAAAACAGUGGACUGGAAUCAUGUAAUUGAAGAGUGGAUGGAGCUAAGUGCAGCAUCUAAAUCUGAGCACGAGAACCUUGGCGAGAUCUGCUUCUCCCUGCGGUACGUUCCCACUGCGAGCAAACUCACCGUUGUUGUUCUGGAGGCCAAGAACCUGAAGAAGAUGGAUGUUGGGGGGUUAUCAGAUCCGUAUAUCAAGAUCCAGCUUAUUUUGGAUAAGAAGAAGUGGAAGAAGAAGAAGACAUCAGUGAAAAAGAAAACACUGAAUCCGUACUUCAAUGAAUCAUUCACUUUUGAAGUGCCCUUUAAACAAAUACAGAAAGUGCAGAUGGUCAUAUCUGCGUGGGACCAUGACAAGGUGAGCAAAAAUGAUGCAAUUGGCAAGAUCUUCUUGGGCUGCAGUGCAUCAGGCAACCAGCUUCGCCAUUGGUCUGACAUGCUGUCAAAUCCCAGGAGGCCCAUAGCCCAGUGGCACACGCUGCAGUCUGUGGAAGAAGUAGAUUCAGCCUUGGGAAUGAGCUAUAAAUUCAAAAUACCUUUAAUAAAUAAAACAUUUUAGAGACUGUCAUUUUAAUAGGACCCAACUUCCUUGGAUGUAUCUCAAAAUGCUAUGGACACAAAGCUACAGCAGAGUACACCGGACAUCGGGUCUGCACAGGACAGCAAUAAAUCAAGACUGCCACUUCUAACUUCUAACUAACACUCCCAAAGGAAAUAAUAGAGGACAUGUUGUUCCUCUUUAAACCAGUCCAAAGUUUGAGCUUGCUGUAUUAGGUGACUACAUCGAAAUGUUAUAAAACUAGCAAGACACAUCAAGGCAUUUAAAUUACUAAAUAUUCUGUUAAGCAAGCGUUUGUUACUAGACUCCCUAGACACUUUUAACUGAGGUAUGUAACAUUUGGUAACAUGCAGGUGUACAACUUACCUUUACUGUCUGAGUAGGAACCUUAACAUUAGACUGCUGUGAUAUUGUAUUAGUCGUUAUUAUACAUUUAGGAUAUACUUCAAACGCAUUAAAGGCACUUUAAAAAAUAAACCGUAACAAUCACUCUGUCUAGCAAUAGAUUAUAAUAUAAAACACUUUGGGCCAUAUUUUCAAAGCGUUUGCUCCAGUCUUUAAUUAACUCCAAUGUUUUGAAAGAUGACAAUUCAACAGUAAACUGAGAAACAAAAAACUUGAGUGUUUGAGAAACCUCCAAUUACAUGCCUUAGACAUUUGAUACUAGUUUUUUAAAGUCAAUAGGUGUUUUUCUACUUUAAAAAAUAGGAGUUACUUAAAGACUGGAGCAAACUCUUUGAAAAUAUGGCCUUUGUUUUACUUUUUUGUAAGGUUUACUGUGAUAAAAAGCAUUUUCAGGUUUUAGCCCUACGUACUGAUAUGCAUUUUGUAUUAAGCAUGUACCGGUAAAAUGUCAAGGAGUGCAAUUUUAUCUAAAUGGUGAUAAAGUACUUCGAUUCACCACAGUUUAGACACAUUUCUUGUAAGACACAUUUCCUUUAUUAAAACACAUUCCAUUGCUGAAUAUUUUAAACAUGUAUCAUGUAUCAUAUAAAGUUGUUUAAAGUUAAGAUGUUUUAGACACAGUAUGCAUUAUGGGGGGGGGGGGGGGGGGG